AUGGGGGAUUACCCCAGAAUUCAAAAUCUGGAAUUUUACUGUCUUGGAUUGAUCCACAUGUCUUCUGACUACAUUUCCAUCACCCAACUGGGAAAGCUGCCUGCUGGAAUUUCCCUGCCCCCUGACUUUGUUACAGCUCCAUGUUCCAUUGGUGCUCAGGGUGUGUUGGGGAAGAGUGUUGGGGAGGAGUAUAUCAAAGGACAUCACCAAAUCCGUAACCCCAAACUGAGAGAGUACUAUCUACAGGAGGCAGUGUUUCCUGCUGAAGUUUCAACUACACGGACUUUGGAGUCUUGCAGAAACAAUAAACACAAGAUUAUUCCAGGUGCAACAGUGUACAGUGUUGCAUCUCAGUUUGAUGAGCCUCCCCUCCUCAACCUCACAGGCCCAAAGUUACCCAAGAACAAGGCAGCAUCUUCUAUGCCAACUGACUCAAAGCGGGAACACAGCCUUGAUUCUUCAGUUGACGGCGCCAUUGGGGGAACAUUGGCUCUUGUGUCCCCCUCUUCAGAUGCGGAAUAUGACAAGCUGUUGGAUGUGGAGGCGGUGCCUUUAUCUGAUGGAAGGGUGUGUUUAUUGGCUCUCCCAUCUGAAUGUUGUCAGGGGGAUGGACCAGCAGACAUGUCUUGCCUAAGACUGGUUUCACGUUAUAUCACAGAUAGAAAGGGUGUGGUAUCUGGGAUAUUUUUGGUGACGUCCAGUAAGAUCUUCUUUGACCCUCAGAAGAGUCAUCCACUCGUGCAGGAGAAUGGCUGUAAAGAAUAUGUGUUCUCCUGCUCUCUGGAUGAUCUUGCUUCAGUGUCUUUCUACACAGACAUCUCUCACAUUCACUUCAACAAGACCACACACAGAUGUCAAAGUUGUAAGACACCCAAGAGCAAAUUUAACACCCAGACCCAAAACCAAACUAAGUGGAACUCCCAUAAGUCGGCAAUAGAGGCAGUUCCCUCUCCAGAACCCUCUGGCUUGCGCAGUCUGCCAGCAACUUUGGGUUUAAAGGCUGAGGAGAAGGAGGAGGAAGAUGGGGUGACUGGGGACAUGGCUGAAGGUUACUGUACUGCUACAUCAAAUAGUGGUACAGUCGGAUCUCUUAUGUUUGUGAGAAUUCGAUGGAAACAGCAGCAUGGGAAGAGAAGGGCUUUGUAUGAAUCUAAAAUCACCACCAGAGACACCUGGUUCACCAUGCAACAAGAAAGUUCAGACAAGCUGUACGCUUACCUGAGCCAGCAUCGGCCAGACCUGUGCAUCCUGGAGGGAGGUGUGGAGGACAAAGCAGAGAGAGAUGAUGAAGAUUUUGUGCUUCUGGAUGAGGAGGAGCAAAAGCAAAAGGAAGAGGACGAAUCUCCGAGAGAAGGAUGGGCGGGGGAGGACUGGGAGAUGGUGACAGUGGAGGAGAGUGGACCAAGAGCUUCUAUUUGUACUGAACCAGAAGGUCUAAGUGACAUACUGAACCAGAGUGUCAUACUGGAUCCUCAGCAAAUUAAAGAGAUCUCUAGAAAUCUGCCUCCACGCACAAUAGGACACACGUGGCAUCUGUCUUACAGCACAGACAAACAUGGGGCAAGCCUAAACACUCUCUACAGGAAACUGAGCACCACAGACUCACCUGUGUUGGUUCUCAUCAAGGACCACAACCAGCAGGUUUUUGGGAGCUUCCUCUCACAUCCACUGCAUCCUAGUGAGGCUUUUUACGGGACAGGAGAGACCUUCCUAUUUUUGUCGCAUCCUCGCUUUAAGUGUUUCCGCUGGACUGGAGAGAAUUCCUUCUUCAUCAAAGGAGAUUUGGACUCAUUUGCCAUUGGUGGAGGAAGUGGUCACUUUGGUCUGUGGGUGGAUGAAAGGUUGUAUUUUGGCAGAAGCAGCCCGUGUUUCACUUUUAAUAACUGCAGUCUGUCCGAGACCAAUGACUUUACCAUUCUUGAGCUUGAGGCAUGGACAUUCGGUUGACAUAACAAACUGUAAAUAACUCAAAAUACCAAGAUUUAAUGGAAAAUGUGUCCAUUAAGGAAAAACUAAUUUAUUGAGGAGACUGAACCUUCACAGGUAUCAGGUUGCAGACUGUGUGAAAAGCAAUUAUUCUGCCUGAAGGCUUGCCAAAGGAAGAGGUGGAUGAAAGCUCACUGUACUUAACAUCUCACCACUGUAAUGAAGAUAACCGGUUUCAUCUUGUGAUUAAGAUGCAGUUCUGCCUACAUAUUCAAAAUCAGCUUAACUGUCUGAGUGCACUUGUGUUGUUUGUACAAGAAAUAAUAUUACAAUUCUGGGACAGUAUGCAGGAUUUGUUCUUUGUGGUACUAGUGACAAAGAAUGUAUUCUGAUAAGAAGUGAAACUCAAUAGAGCAUUCCAUUGCAACACCAGUGCCCAGCAGCAGCCUGUUGCCAUUUUGGGGUGAAAGCGACUCGGCAGUCCAGUAGCUUCUUGCUGUUUUUAUGGCAUUAUCAGCUGAAUUAAAUCUGAAAUCCAACCUGGGGUGUGUUUCCCGAAAGCAACUAUGGUCGCAAGUUCUGUCGUUACCAAUAGAGUUCAAUGGUAACAACAACCGUGGUUAGCUAUCGAUGCUUUCGGGAAACACACCCCAAAAUGUUGACAUUUAAAACACAGAAUAAAGUACAAUCACUAUAGUGAGCAUAAAAUUCUUUUAUUAUAUUAAUCCUUUAUUUUAGAGACUUUUUUUACAAAACCAUUGCUCUCUAGAAAACAUGUUAGUUUCCGUUAAAAUUCUUUUAAAGUGCUAGUUCACCCAAAAAAUUGAAAUUCUGU